CGAAGAAGAAGAAGAAGAAGAAGAUAAAGUUCUUCAUUUACGUCAUCAACAAGUGCCGCGUUGCAGGCACGUGACGUUGGCGCUUGACAACCAAAAGUGAAUUUAGUGUAAUGACCACCACCUUUUUACAACAACAAUUUUCGUGUACGAGCAGCAGAUCACGUGCGUCACAAUGUGCCAGGUGGAUGAAGACUAUCAUGAUGGGCUGGACCGCGCGGAGGUGCCCAGUGUUUUCAAGAAAUGUGUUAAAUGCAAAGAGGCGAGUGCAGCUGUGGUCAUCCGAGCAGGAGAUACCUUCUGCAGGGGCUGUUUCAAAGAAUACUUCAUUCACAAGUUCAGGGCCAUGCUGGGAAAAAAUAGGAUAAUUUUCCCUGGAGACAAGGUGCUGUUGGCUGUAUCUGGAGGUUCUUCGUCCUGUUCAAUGCUCAGUCAAGUCCUAGAGGGACUGAGUCAAAAUGCUCACAAGAAGUUGAGAUUCUUACCUGGCAUUGUCUACAUUGAUGAGGGUGGUGUUGUAGGUCAGUCUGUUGAUGAGAGACUGAGGACGGUGGCUGAGCUGCAAGCUGUGUUCAGAGCUACUGGUUUCCCCUUUUAUGUGGUGCCCCUGGAACAGGUUCUAGACCUUCCCAGUUCAGUCGUUGUGAUGGCCCCAUCAUUAUCAGAACAACCAGCCAGUGCCUACAAAGAAGCUGUGGAUCAGUUCCUUAAAAGUAACAGUGGCAGCUGUUUGAAUCCAAAAGACCAGGACCCAACAUCACUGCGAGUGGUUCCAGAGGCCCACACACAGUUACUGCAGCAGCUGAUUGUAUCAGCUAAGACACUGACGGCCAGACAUGACCUGCUGAACACAUUAAGGCAGCAUUUGCUGGUGCACACAGCUCGUACUGAGGGCUACAGAAAAGUGAUGCUCGGAGACAACUGCACCAGACUGGCAAUUAAACUCCUCACCAGUAUAUCACUAGGCAGAGGAGCACAGCUGGCUCAGGACACGGGUUUCUCAGACUCCAGGUAUGGUGACAUAAUAUUAGUGAGGCCAAUGAGGGACUACUCAGCCAAAGAAAUCGCUUACUACAACCAUUUGUUCAACGUGGCCUCUGUUUUCAUACCAAGCCUGGACACUAAGACAACAGAAAAAGCCAGUAUACAGCGACUGACGGAGAGCUUUGUCACUAAACUACAGGUAGACUUCCCCUCUACUGUCAGCACCAUCUAUAGGACCAGUGAGAAGCUGCAGACGGCAUGUAAGAGCUCCUCCACAGCCGACCGCUCUGACAGGUGUCUGCUCUGUGUGUGCGCUCUGGAUACUUCGGUUGAGAAUGCUUCAUCCUUUCAGGCCACACUGACCUCAGAGCAGCUCUCCCAGACUAAAUAUCCUGCCAGGACUAAGAGCGAUCGACUUCACCCUGCUCCAGUGGAGCUCGAGUCAAGUGUUCCCUCUGGACCGUGCUGUUCCUCUGGAGGAGGAGAGGAUUGUGGGGGAGCAGAGAGUGGUGAAGGCUGUUGUUCUGCCAAGGAACCAGAGAAAACCAAUCUGAAGACUCUGUUGUGUUACAGCUGUCACCUGACCAUCAAAGAUAUGUCAUCAGUGGAGCAUCUCCCUCAGUACAUCCUGUUAGAGGCGCAAAGGAGGAAAAGGAGGUCUAAGAUGAGGGAGGAGAUCAGCGAGUUCCUGCUGGAUGACGGUGAGGGAGGCCAUUAGCAGGAGGAGGUUCUGAUGCUGAAUGUUCACAUCCAGCAGUGCACUCUGACAAAUUUACAUCUUUUCAGCCUUCAGGCAGUCAAUGUCUUUAAAAUAUAAAUAUUACAAUUUUCAACUUUUGGUUUGACAUUUUAAAUGCAUAAAAAAUUAAAGUACCAGUUUUUUCCCCAUGA